CUGUUAUUUGUGUAGUGGGAGGUGUGCGCGCGCGUCUCAAGGAGCUCCAGGAGGACUGUGUAUAUUUCUGAAUAGACAUAUUUAAAUAUUUAUUCAUCUGCUCGAUACAGUAAGUGUUAUAUUUGACUGACAACUUAUAAUCUUGCAAUAUACCCGACGGAUCUUCGAAGCGCGUCGCUUCCCUAAAUCGGCUGCGCGCUUUGACGCUUGGAUAAGCUUGAGGACAGCGACUCCAUACUGGACCACGGAUCGAAGAUUUGUUUGAUGUCCUCGUGAGAAAACCGAGCUGAAGAUGUGGGUGAACCCUGAGGAGGUGUUGCUGGCCAGCGCGCUGUGGAUGACAGAGAGAGCGAAUCCCUAUUUCAUCCUGCAGAAGAGAAAGGGCCACGGAGACGGCGGAGGAGGACUCGCAGGUCUGCUGGUUGGCACCCUUGACGUGGUGCUGGACUCGAGCGCCCGUGUGGCCCCGUACAGGAUCCUCUACCAGACCCCUGAUUCCCUGGUUUACUGGACCAUCGCCCACGGGAGCUCUCGUAAGGAGAUCACAGAGAACUGGGAAUGGCUGGAGCAGAAUCUGCUGCAGACGCUCUCCAUCUUCGAGAACGAGAAUGACAUCACCACCUUCGUCAAGGGCAAAAUACAGGGCAUUAUAGCCGAAUACAACAAAAGCCAUGAUAUCAGAGAGGAUGAUGACACGGAUAAGUUUAAGGAGGCCAUCGCUAAGUUUCGCAAGCUCUUCAUCAUGCCGGAGGAGGAGAAGCUGGUCAACUAUUACUCCUGCAGCUACUGGAAGGGCAAGGUGCCGCGGCAGGGCUGGCUGUACCUCAGCAUCAACCACCUCUGCUUUUACUCCUACCUGCUCGGGAAAGAGGCUAAGCUGGUGAUCCGCUGGGCCGACAUCACUCAGCUGGAGAAGAACGCCACGCUGCUGCUGCCGGACAUGGUGUGCGUCAGCACACGCUGCAGCGAGCACGUCUUCUCCGUCUUCCUCAACAUCAACGAGACCUUCAAACUCAUGGAGCAGCUUGCCAACAUAGCCAUGAGACAGCUGCUGGACAACAAGGGCUUCGAGCAGGACCGCUCUCUGCCCAAACUCAAGAAGAAGUCGCCCAAGAAAGUGUCGGCCCUCAAAAGGGACUUGGACGCCAGGGCUAAAAGCGAGCGAUACCGGGCACUUUUCCGCCUGCCGAAAGAUGAGAAAUUGGACGGCCACACGGACUGCACACUGUGGACCCCCUUCAACAAGAUGCACAUUCUUGGACAGAUGUUCGUCUCCACUAAUUACAUCUGUUUCACCAGUAAAGAGGAGACCGUCUGCAGCCUGAUUAUCCCGCUCAGAGAGGUGACCAUCGUUGAGAAAGCCGAUAGCUGUAACGUCCUUCCCAGCCCCUUGUCAAUCAGCACCAAGAACAAAAUGACCUUCCUUUUUGCCAACCUCAAAGAUCGGGACUUCCUGGUGCAGAGGAUCUCAGACUUCCUGCAGCAGACCACCUCCAAAAUCUACUUUGAGCGGGAAAUCACGGGCAGCCUCAGCAGCUCAGACGACGAGGUGUACUCUCAGCAGGGCAGUGCGCUCUCCUGCAGUCCGCAGCGCAGCGCCCUCAGCUCUGAGGGAGAGAGGGACAGGCAGUUCAAUCUCAAUGAGAGCAGGGUUCCCACGGCAACCCAGGCCCUGAUGACCAUGUACCGCCGGCGGUCCCCGGAGGAGUUCAACCCCAAACUGGCUAAAGAGUUUCUGAAGGAGCAGGCCUGGAAGAAUCACUUCACCGAAUACGGCCAGGGAGUGUGUAUGUAUCGCACCGAGAAGACCAAAGAGCUGGUGCUGCAGGGCAUCCCAGAGAACAUGAGAGGAGAGCUCUGGCUCCUGUUUUCUGGGGCGAUUAACGAGAUGGCCACUCAUCCUGGUUAUUAUGAGGAUCUGGUGGAGAAGUCAAUGGGGAAAUAUAAUCUGGCCACAGAGGAGAUCGAGAGAGACCUUCACCGCUCUCUUCCAGAGCAUCCGGCCUUUCAGAACGAGAUGGGCAUCGCUGCCCUGCGUCGAGUCCUCACUGCGUACGCCUUCCGCAACCCCAACAUCGGCUACUGCCAGGCCAUGAAUAUUGUGACCUCCGUCCUGCUGCUGUACGCUAAAGAGGAAGAGGCCUUCUGGCUCCUGGUGGCAUUAUGUGAGCGCAUGCUUCCCGACUACUACAACACCAGAGUCGUAGGUGCUUUAGUGGACCAGGGUGUGUUUGAGGAGCUGGCUCACGUCUACGUUCCUCAGCUGUACGACUGCAUGCAGGCGCUGAGUGUCAUCUCCACCAUCUCUCUGUCCUGGUUCCUCACGCUCUUCCUCUCCGUCAUGCCCUUCGAGAGUGCCGUGGUGGUGGUCGACUGCUUCUUCUACGAGGGCAUCAAGGUUAUCUUCCAGCUAGCGCUGUCGGUGCUCGACGCUAACAUCCAUCAGCUGCUGAGCUGCAAAGAUGACGGAGAGGCCAUGACCAUCCUGGGCAGGUAUCUGGACAGCGUGACUAAUAAGGACAGCACUCUUCCUCCAAUCCCUCAUCUUCACUCUCUCCUUACGGAUAACAGGGAUCCUCAUCCUGAGGUGGACAUCUUCAAACUCGUGCGCAUCUCCUAUGAGAAGUUCGGCUCCAUUCGGGCAGAUGUGAUUGAGCAGAUGCGUUUCAAACAGAGGCUGAGAGUGAUCCAGGCCAUUGAAGACACAACCAAACGCAAUGUGGUGCGGACCAUCGUGACGGAGACGCCCUUCAGCAUCGAUGAGCUGGAGGAGCUUUAUACACUCUUUAAGGCUGAGCAUCUGACCAGCUGUUACUGGGGCAGCACCAGUAACCCCAUGAGCCGGCACGACCCGAGCCUGCCGUACCUGGAGCAGUACCGCAUGGAUCUGGAGCAGUUCAAAGUGCUGUUUGCGCUGCUCUUCCCCUGGGCCUGCGGCACACACACAGACGACCUGGCCCUGCGCGUCUUCCGUCUGCUGGACCACAACGCAGACGCGCUCAUAAACUUCAGAGAGUUCAUCAGCGGCCUCAGUGUCCUAUGUCACGGUGACCUGACGGAAAAGCUCAAAUUUCUGUACAAGAUUCACAUACUUCCAGAGUUGCACCAUGAGCAGGAGGAGCCCGACUCAGCGUGUGAAGCUACGCAGUAUUUUUUUGAGGACAUCACCCCGGAGACCUCCAGUGGCCUCGACCAAAAGAACAGAGCCGAGAAGGACGAUGGUUUUGUCACUUUUAAAAGUGAAAAAGUUAAGAAAAUGCAUACUCCGGAUUACCGGAUGUACCUGCGCCUGUGGAACCAGGAGACCAAAGCAAAGUUAGAGAACAUGAAGGAUCUGCCCAAACUCAACCAGAGUCAGUUCAUCGAGCUGUGCAAGACUCUCUAUAACAUGUUCAGCGAAGACCCCAACGAGCAGGAGCUAUAUCACGCCACGGCUACAGUCACCAGCCUGCUGCUGGAGAUGGGGGAGGUGGGAAAACUCUUCUGCAGUCCCGCUCACAAGACAGACGAGGACGAGGACGAUGAGGACGACCGCAUCCCAGCGUGCAGGAGCAAGCAGGAGCGAACGCGCUGCAAACCUUGUGAUGUCGAGACAAACUCCUGCGUCACAGGUCCGUUAGAGGACAUCAAACUGGAGGACUCAUCGCCCAAAGACACGGCCAUGUCCUCCGCCAUGCUCAUCUCUGACGACGAGACCAAAGACGACACGUCCAUGUCCUCCUACUCCGUCCUGAGCACCGGCUCCCACGAGCUGGACGAUAAGCUUCAGUGCGAGGACAUCGCGGAGGACACCGUGCUCAUACGCAACGGCGGGCCGUACGCAGGUGUGGGGCAUCAUGGGAAAGCCGGUUUACCUCACAGCGCCAGCAUCGAUAAGGACUGGGCCAUCACUUUCUUGCAGUUCCUGGCCUCUGUGCUCACCGAACAAGCCCUGGUGCAGUACUUUGAGAAGCCUGUGGAGAUCAGCGCACGAAUAACCAACGCCAAGAACGUGCGCAAGGUGGGACACCAACACAUGUCCCUCAGUGACUAUGAGAUCUCGCUAUCAGACUAACGUGCUAAACUAAAAACUAUUACCUCUGCGUUCAAAACUCUGUUUCGUUGUUAAAGGAUUAGUUAUCCAAAAAUUCUAAUUUGGGCAUCAUUUACUCACGUCUAUGUUCCAAACCUGACUGACAGAAUUUUUUUGCAAAAAGUUAAUGCUAGUUUUUCCAUACAAUGAAAGUGGAUGGUGCCCAUCUCUGUUGAGCUAAAAAAUGACAAGAAGCACCAUAAAAAUAGACUCGUACGCAAUAUAGUGAGUUUUCUAAAGCCAUGUGCUAGUAUAUAACAAUUUAAAGUUAAGUAUGUUUCUCUCACAAACCUAGACUUUAGAUAUUUUGUAAUAAUCAUAAUAGCCACUUUAAUGUUUCAUUGUCAUUUUUGGAGCUUGAAAUAUUAUAUGCGCACAAAAAACCCUGAUUGGUGUGGUUUCACUGUUUCUAACAGUAAAUCUAAAUAUAAAAUUACACAAUAUAGACUUAUGCACUAUUUAUUACUGAGUUUUUUUAAGCCAUACGCUAGCAAAUAAUGACUUAAAUAUACGUGUGUUUCUCAUAUAAACCUAUUUUAUGACUUAAGACGUUUAUUGGCAAGUUAUAUGAUGUUUUAAUGUUAUUUUUGGAGCUUGAAAUCUCCGUUGUCCAUUGUAUAGAAAUAUAGAAAUGAGCAGCCUGGGCAUUUGGCUAAAUAUCUCCUUUUGCGUUCUACCUUGAGAAAUAACCUCAUACAGGUUUGGAACGACACAAAGGUCAGCAAAUGAUGACAGAACUUUUGUUUUUGGUGAACUGUCUCUUUAACUAAACCUAAUCUGAUCUCCUCUUAAAUCAGCGUGAAGCUUCAAAGGCUUGAUGUUUGCGUGAGCUCGUUAACGAACGGACAGUAAUGAGUUUUCCCGGAGGCUGGUCUUUGAUCUGAUGACAGAGGGACCGUGAUGUGACCAACAGAAUGACCUUUUUACCUGUACAAAGUCUGAGAGGACCUGUUGUAUACUACAGUGCGCUUGAUGUACUUUAUAAACAGAAAUGGUUACUAAUAAUAUCUAAUACAGUUAGACUGUUCAUCAUAGUAAUCGCGUCUAGAAUAGCUCACUAGUCCUGAUUGGGCAAAAAAAAAAAACAUGUUCUUAAUCAGUAUUUUUGUUUCAUGUUCCAAUAAAAGUAUCUAAACAUCCUAAAAACAUUUAUCAGCUUACUUGAGAAGCAAAACUGUGAGCAAGAGAAAAAAAAAAAGGAUGGACCCCAAUAAAAAAUACAUUUACGCCAAAACAAGAAGAAAAAAAAAUCAAAAUGUAAACAUUUUUAAAUUAAUGUAUUUGUACAAACAAUACAGGUAAACUUUACAUUUAUUUUACAUUAUAUUAUAUUCUAUAAUCAUAGUCUUAUGGAAUCUUAUGUGGUGUUGCUUCUCAAGUACCUUCUCAAGAUUUAGAUAUUUUUACUUUGAAAUAAGACAAAAAUGCAGAUUAAGAGAAUGAUAUUGUUUUUUACAGUAUAGUAAAUCAUCUUUAGCGUAAGUGUGACAUUUAACACCACAAACUCUUGACACAGAGGAAGGACACUGGGAUGUUAGAUGUCAUCUGGGAUUGUUGAAACAACGUUUUCUUGCCGCUAAAUUAUCUGUAAUUUCCCAGAUUUCUCAUUUCUCUCUUCCUCUCUCAAUUCUUUGCACCUGCACUUUUGGGUUUUUCUUCUUUGUAAAAUGUGAGGGUGUUCAUAACCUGUCAGCGCUGAAUAUUGGAUAUGAUUCAGCUGAGAGGCGAUGCUGUCCGGCUGUGUUUUGUAUCUUAUUUAUAGUGUAUCUACAGUUUUUAUUUUUCUGUGUUCUCACCAGGCAUGUGGCAUGUCUGUGCACCUUCUCGUAAAUUAUUGUUUGUUUUUUAAAUGGAGGACUUUCUACUUUAUUUCAUGCUGCUGUUUUUAAGUUUACAUUUUAAUGUGAAUGGUUGAAAUCGACCUGUAAAUGAUUAGGUCACGUCCAGGAAUUAAAAGUAUAAAAGGAAAUAUCCUGUCCUGUUA